CAAGGAACCUCUCGUCGACGCAUGCGCUUUGGCAGGCAUCGCCCCACGCAGGUUGUAAGCCAUGGCACAAUCUGAGAAAAAAGGUGGAUUACUUAGAAAAUCUUCAUCUAGUAAGAAACCCCUGAAAGAGAAGGUUGUGUUAAUGUAUGAUGAGAUCUUCACAACAGAAGAUCCCAGUAAAUACAACCCUCGGUUUUGGGAGGAGCUCUUCCUCAUGAAGGUGAAUUUGGAAUACCUGGAAGGAAAGCUGGAAUCUCUGGAUGGUGAAGAGCUAGUGAAGAUAAAAGAUAACAUUAAUUGCUUGUUCCAGCGUUGCAUCUGGGCGUUAGGAGAAGAGCAUCCAAUCAGAGUGGUCAACGCAUUGCAGACACUCUGUGCACUGAUCCGCGGGGUUCAUCAGAAGAAUAAAUCCACAUCUGGCUUUGACAUCAUCAAUAUGCUAAUGGGCUUUGACAAAGCUGAAUUGUGCAUGAAGAAUCUGAUGGAGAGUUUGGAUGCAUUACUUUGUGCAGAAGGCUCUGAAAGUCUCAAAAGUUUGUGCCUGAAACUUUUGCUUUGUUUGGUAACUGUGACAGAUAAUAUCAGUCAGAACACAAUUCUGGAGUAUGUGAUGAUUAAUAGUAUUUUUGAAGCGAUCUUACAGAUCCUUUCCAAUCCUCCCAGUCGCAGGGAACAUGGUUAUGAGGCUGUGGUGCUGCUUGCAUUAUUAGUGAACUACAGAAAGUAUGAGUCUGUGAAUCCUUAUAUAGUAAAACUGUCUAUUAUAGAUGAUGAAGCUACACUCAAUGGAAUGGGUCUUGUAGUUGCCCAGGCAUUAUCAGAAUACAACCGACAGUUCAGAGACAAAGAAGAAGAACAUCAGAGUGGUUUUUUCUCAGCCUUGACUAACAUGGUGGGCAGUAUGUUCAUUGCUGAUGCUGAUGAAAAAAUCUCCGUCCAAACUAAUGAAGCUAUCCUUUUGGCUCUUUAUGAAGCUGUUCACUUGAAUCGAAACUUUAUCACUGUAUUGGCACAGAGUCAUCCAGAAAUUGGUUUAGUGACAAUGCCAGAAAGCCCAGUUCCAACUACACCCGUUACUCCACUUGGAACCACACCGCCUUCUUCUGAUGUCAUAAGCACUGUAGAACUGCCCUUGGAUGCUGACGUGCAGACAAGCAACCUGCUGAUAACCUUCUUAAAGUACAGUUCUAUUGUCAUGCAGGAUACCAAAGAUGAACACCGACUCCAUAGUGGAAAGCUCUGUCUGAUUAUCUUAACCUGCAUAGCAGAGGACCAGUACGCUAAUGCUUUUCUGCAUGAUGACAAUAUGAAUUUUCGUGUAAACCUCCACAGAAUGCCUAUGAGACACAGGAAGAAAGCCGCUGAUAAGAAUCUUCCCUGUCGACCUCUAGUUUGUGCAGUGCUGGAUCUGAUGGUGGAAUUCAUAAUAACACACAUGAUGAAAGAAUUUCCCAUGGAUCUCUAUAUAUGCUGUAUUCAAAUAGUACAUAAACUGCUUUGCUACCAGAAGAAGUGCAGAGUGAGACUUCAUUACACUUGGAGGGAACUCUGGUCAGCUCUGAUUAAUCUGUUGAAGUUCCUCAUGUCUAAUGAAACAGUUUUGCUGGCAAAACAUAACAUCUUUACCUUGGCUCUGAUGGUGAUAAACCUGUUUAAUAUGUUCAUCACUUAUGGAGAUACCUUUCUUCCAACUCCUAGCAGUUACGAUGAGCUAUAUUAUGAAAUAAUCAGAAUGCACCAGAGUUUUGAUAACCUAUAUUCCAUGGUUCUGAGACUUUCUACUAAUGCUGGUCAGUGGAAAGAGCCAGCCAGUAAGGUGACUCAUGCAUUGGUCAACAUACGGGCUAUCAUCAACCACUUCAAUCCAAAGAUAGAGUCCUAUGCUGCUGUUAAUCACAUCUCACAACUCUCUGAAGAACAGGUUUUGGAAGUGGUGCGCUCCAACUAUGAUACACUUACCUUAAAAUUACAGGAUGGCCUUGACCAAUACGAGCGCUAUUCAGAACAACACAAAGAAGCCUCUUUCUUUAAAGAGCUGGUUCGGUCCAUCAGCAUCAACGUACGGCAGAAUCUGGCAUUCAAUACUCUUAGCCAGGAAGCCCUGUUAAAAGAGUUUUCAACCAUCUCCUGAAGCUGUCUUCUUGCUUCAUAACUAGUCCUGGUAUUACCGUAUCAUUUCCUGCAGAAUAGCUCCCGGAUGUGGAACAGUCUAACUCCACUGUGUGGUUCUGUUUGUGUUUUGUUUUGUUUUUAAAGAGAAGAUCAAGGGAAGGCUUGGACUUGCCCCAUACUCUUGAGUUUAGAGACUUAACAAUAUAGACUGCAUUGGGAGUGGGAAAGAAGGGGCAGGGGUUAUUUCUCUCUUUUUUAAUUUCUUUGUGACAACUGUUGUGUAGGGAUAAGAAUUGUUUACUGAGUGAGCAAGAAUAGAACAGAAGAGUGUUGCUUAGAGAGUUCAGACUUAAUGGUUCUCUGAAGACUGCUGAAGCCUGAAGUGAGAAAGGGGCACAGGAACCAAGAUCUUGAUAAUAUGGAACAGUCUGACUGAACACUUAUUUUAUGUAAAUUUAUACUUGGAUGCUUUGAAUCUGCGGUUCGUGUAUAUUGUUAGGUCCAUUUUAGUUGGUGCUGAAAUUAACACUAUGGGCUCUGUCUUCAUUCUGCACAAGGUCUCCUAUUCUAAUGGUCUUGCCAGAGCUCCACCUCAGGAUGGCCUUGGUGCCCAACCUAAGGGUCUUGCGGUCCGAAGUUUCUUAGCUGAGAGAUUAUCUCUAUGAGUUUAUCCUUACUAUUCCAUUGUGCCAUGCUUUAAAACCUUGGGAGUGAAGAUAUUAAGAUGUAUUAGUGAUUUUUAUCCCCAAAGGAGCAAUAAGGGAAAACAUUGUAUGGUUUUACUUCCACCCCAGUUGUGCAUCAAAAGAAGGCAGUUCCUCCUGUACCCAAAAGGUUGACUGAGCUCCUGCCCUAGAGUCCUUCACCUUUUUCUGGCUUCUCAGCCUUGGAUUCUCUACCUAUUGGUAGGGUAAUCGAGUGCUCUCGUCAGGCUUGUCACUGUCCUUUCUAUUAAAAAUAACCUCUGUGAAUUUCACAGCAAUUGCAACUGUUUAAGUCAGUUCACACUUUAUGUAUUCCAAUAAAGUACUUCCUUGGAAAUUCAGAAUUAAUAAUUU